AUGCCAGAAUCCAUAUGCACCGGACAAACCAAUAUCCUACCUGGCACGUCUAACGACAAACCUGUUACCGAAGACCAGGUUGAAAUGCCAGAUGAGGCAAUGGAAAAUUCUCCCCAAGAACCCCCUUUGACGGAACGAGUUCUUCUUCGGCCUCUGACAUCCCUCAAGUGGCCAUAUGUACCCGACGAAUCAGCAUUUCCCGAUCCUCUCAAACGCGAUGACCCGAAAAUGCUUCAACUUCCGCAGUAUGAAGCCAUUGUUAAAGUACUGUUAGCGACUUCCCCCGCCAUUCGGAAAAUACUUUCAGAGCAUAAGAACCUUCCCGAAUUACUUACUUCCAUCGAUAAACUUCGGGGUCAUGAUCGAGAGCAUGCUCUUCAAAAAGCACUUGGUAUCACUGCCCCGGAGAUUGAUGAUCAACUUCGCCCCCCUGACCUCAGCGAAGAUGUUUUGGCGUUGCGGGAGCUGGCAGAAGCUAUCGAGGCCGCCGUUAGAGGUGGAAAUCAGACAGCUCUUGGUUUGAAUUGGGGAGAAUGA